UUACUUUAUGACAUACCAUGGUGGAUAUGAAUAUUCAUUUGUGCCACGUGCAAUGAUAAUGCCAGCUGCAUCGCAAAACGAGGACGAGAAUGUUGAUCCUCGUGGAAAUAAUUUUUGCUGCUUUACUUGUAAGAUUAUGCUGGUUGCUCUUCUGCAUUCAUUCGGGACGAACCAAAAUUGCUUCUAAAAAUAGGAAGUCUAUUAAAGCGGCUGUAGUGAUAGGUUCGGGUGGACACACAACAGAAAUGCUGAGACUAGUUCAAGCAUUACAUGCUGAAAAAUACUCUCCACGGAUAUAUUUUCUUGCUUCAAAUGAUACUACCAGUGAAGUUAAAAUUCAUAAGCUGGAAGAUAGACGUGAAGGCGAAUAUGAAGUUAUCAGGAUUCCACGAAGUCGAAAUGUUAGUCAAUCGUUUAUAACUUCCUUUGCAACAACACUGUAUGCGGUUGUAGCUGUCAUACCGCAUAUGUUGUCUCGUAGACCAGAACUCAUCCUUUGUAAUGGACCAGGGACUUGCAUACCGAUUUGUUUCAUAGCAUUUAUAAUGCGAAUACUUUGCAUUUGUGAUAACAGAAUAGUGUUUGUGGAGAGUAUCUGCCGCGUUAAAACAUUGUCAUUAACGGGAAAAUUUUUAUUGUUUUUUGCUGAUGAACUUUUUGUGCAGUGGCCAAAUUUGAAGCAUUUACAUAAACGUGUUAACUAUGUAGGCAGGCUUUCAUGAGAGUUGUUUGGCAAUGCAAUUGUGACAUAAAAUAUUGUGCUAUUAUGACUCCAAAGUAGAAUCAGAUUUUGUUUGAGAAUACAACCUUGCAUUUUUGCAGUAUUUAAGUUUGAAAUAUAUGUCUGAAAAAUGUUUGUUAUAUGUUCGUUGAGAGACCCUUAUUAAAAUUUUGCUGUUAUGGUGGAAAGAUUGCUUAUCUUCCACAUAGUAGAUCCAGGGUUUCUUCUUGGAUUGUUCACGAGUAGGAAACACAAAAAAUGUUGCUGUGCCAAGAGUUUUAUGUGUACUUCCAUCAAUUCAGCUCAUUGCCUCAUGUCUUCGGUAAAUGUUCCGUAUCACAUCUCCAAGUUUAGGUUAUCCAUUGGUCCUGUGGUACACAGUGCUUGCUUUUCUUUAUUAAGUACGUCAAACAAUCCCAAAAACAAUAAACAAAUUGUGAUAUAGCAAUGAAUUAUAAUUGUAAGUGUAAUACGAACUAUAUUGCUUUUUUUAAAUUCAACUUAAGAUCAUGAUUCAUUGUUAUGUCAAAACUUUUUUGAUGUGCAGGAUUUUUCACCGUACUAAAUUAGAACAGCAAGCAUCAUGUACCGCAGGAUAAAAGAAUGCAGGAUCAUGUUAUCAGGAUCAAGGAAUAAACUUAGAUACGUGAUACGGUACUAUGACCUCGUAUGGACCUCGAUAAGAUGUUGAGCUUAUGCAUUCGUAUAAUCAUUCAUUCCUAUGGUGUUUAGAUAGUUAUCUUAGAUGGCCAAGCUAGAAUAACUCAGGAUAUGAUAUGAAAAUUGAUUUAUAUAGUCUAUUGCUUUUACAAUAUUAUUGUAUUCUAUUGCUUGUAUGCUUGCAAUUGGGUUUUUGCCCAGCAGCAAGGAGCUCCCCCCACCCCCCAAAUAUUAUUUUUCCAAUUCCUGAAUUGGAAUGUGUUAUUGUAUUAAUAUUCUAGCUUUAAGAAUCUUACACCUUUAAAAAAAAUUGUGGGUGUGAAAUGUUUUAAUGCUUGUUAAUCUUGUUUUUGGAAGCUUGACAGAAAUAAAGAUUUUAACAUAUCAAA